GGGAAGGGGGUCUGCCCCUCCCCAUUCCACGCUGGCAUCCUGGCACUCACCAGACAGAACUGCCCCCCACCUGGGCAGGGGAGCUGAGGGUUCGGAGCUCCAGGCCAGCUGUGUUCUUACCGAGCAGGGGGCGGCCUGGGCUUUCCACGGUUAAACCAACCCUGGGGGACUUUCGUUAACAAUUAACAUUGCGCAAAUAGCUCAAAAGUCACUUCCCUGCAGGCCGUCCUGCCUGCUGGGCUCCUGCCUGGCUCCUGCAGGCCACCACUUCCCCGGGCUGGGCCCUGGCCUGGCUCCUGCGGGCUGCCCCUUCCCUGGGCUGGGCCCCUACUUGGUUCCCACGGCCACCCCUUCCCUGGGCUCCGCCCGGUUCCCAGGCUGCCCCUUCCCUGGGCCUGGGCCCCUGCCUGGCUUCCACAGCCAACCUUCCCCAGGCCUGGGCCCUGUCCGGCUCCUGUGGUCACCCUUUCCCCGGGACUGGGCUUAUGCCCGUCUUCCACGGCUGCCCCUUCCCUAGGCCUGGGCCCCUGCCCCACAGUUGCCCCUUCCCCAGGCCCUAAGGAUUCCACCAGCUGCCCCCUGGGCCUGGGCUGGGGGCUCUGUGCCUGCUCCAGAUUCCUCCCCUGCCCCUUCCUGACCUGUAAUCUGCUCUGGGCUCCCAGCCCCAGUAGGUCCUGCCCCCAAAGCUCACACCUCCCAGCCCCGCCGCAGAGCUGUGUGCCCCCUCCCCACUGCACGGACUACUUGGCUGUUUGCGCCUGGUCUGGACACAGCACAGGAUUUUCCUGCAGCCGCUCGUGGCGGGGAGUCUGGCUAGUUUGGAUGGGACGUGCCGGUCACAUGGUAUCCGCUCGGUUCCCUGGCUGGCUGAGCACAGGUCUGGUGCCUAGAAUCCGAUUCCUUCCCGUGAAUCUUCUCAGCUCUGCCCGGCGCCCCCACUGGGGCAGAUGACUGAGUCCAAGGGUGACCCCAGAGAUGCCCCCGGGGCCCAGUGCAGAAGACAGCGCCUGGAGGCACUUUGAUGGUGCUCGGGUGCAGGGCUAUGGGGCAGCAGGAGCCGAGCAGGUGUACCGAGAGCAGCCCUUGAACCCUGACCUCCUGGCUGGAUCACUGGGGCUUUCUGGGGGAACCCAGCCAGCUGUGCAGCCCAAAGUAGACACCCUUCCGGGCCGCCAGCCGUGGGGAGCCAGCGCCGGGCCCCCAGCUUGCAUGCCGCUCACGCUCUGGGGCACCGAGCUUUCCACAGUCCGUGCUGCGAGAGCCGGUGGGCAGGAGACGCAGUCCCAGUGGGAAGUGAGGCUCGCCCGGCUCCUCGCCCGGCUCGUGCAGCGGGGGAGCUGGUGGGGCCGGUUCACGGCACAAGCCGUAUCGCGCGCCAGCGGGUGAGCGCAGCGAGGUGGCUGCCUCCGGGAUCCCAGCCCGUGUGCAGGACUACAGCGCGGCGAGCCAAGGAGGAAGCCGCGGGAAGCAGGAAGCCUUCCCAAGGGCUCGUGCUCUGGGCCCCAGUGCCUUUCCUCGGAGGUCGAGCAGCACAACAGGAAGCCUUGGUGUGGUCACUCGGCAGUGGGAGCCGUGCGGUGUCACCCGGGGGCUCUCCCGUCCCCUGCCCCGCGGGUCUGGUUCUCGUGCCCCGCCAGGAGCCUGGGAGAAAGCUGCCCUAAAUGGAAGCCGGCCGGGAGCAGGAGAGCAGCCGCUGGCCCCGGGGAGGAAGAUGCAGUGCAGAGACGGCCAGCUUAGCAUGGAGUUGAACAGGCUGCUGCUCCUCACAGCGUUCCUUCUCCACAUCAAGCUGUCCAGGAUGAGCCCGGCCCGGCUGGUCUGCGACAACCGGCUGAUCCAGAAAUACAUCAGCGAAGCCAAGGACAUGGAGAAGAGAGUGAGCCAGUGCCAGGAGCUCCCCUCACUAACGCAGCCCCUUCCUCUGCCCAUGGUGGACUUCAGCCUCCGGGAAUGGAAAACGAAGACAAAUGAGACGAAAAGGCAGGAAAUCCUCUGUGAUCUGGCGCUGCUGGUGGACGCGGUGAGCGCUGCGCAGGGCCACGUGAGGCAGGAGUGUGCGGCUGCCCUCCUGGGGCAGCUCUACAAGAAAGCCAACUCCUUCCUCCUGCUCCUGCAGACCUUCAGCUGGCAGGUCAGCGCCUGGCAGCCGGACCGCGCUUCCCGGACAACGCUGCAGAGCCACCCCAGUGUGAUAUUUCUGGUCUACCGGCAGCUUGUGCAAGGCAAGCUGCGCUUCCUGUUCCAUGACCUGGCAAAGGAUUUCUGCCGGGAAGGAAGCUGGGGGGUGCCAGAGCCCCCAAGCACCCCAUGUCCCCGGCUGCCUCAAGGGGACAGUGAAAGCCCUGCCUGCUGAUGGGGGUGUCCACCAGACCACAGGUGGAGACAGGGCAGGAAGGAAGCAGAUCCUGGCCCCCCACUCUCCACAGAUGGGGGAGGAAGAGCAGGGCAGAGAGGGCCUUGCUGGAGCAGAGGAGAGAUCACGCCCAAGGACAUUAACAGCUGGCAGAGGACAAGAAAGGGGGCUCCUUCAGCCCUAGAGAGGCCCCCCACUAUUGGAUCAGUGAAUGUCGACCCACAGUGAAGACUUGAGAGCUGAGCAAAAAGGGGCCUGGCCCUGAGACUGGGAGGGGCCAAAGGAUGCAGUUCUCAGCUCUGCACAUCCCAGGAAAGGGAGAGGACUCUGCCCUCCGAGGAGGAGCUCCUGUGGGCGCACGGCGAGGCAGGACUCAUUGGCAUAGGGCCUCUGAAUCCAGCCAACACACAUGCAACACGCGCGGACUCGUCCCUGCCCCAGGGCACAGGUGAGAAAACUCACUGCUCAUCCACCAGCCCCGUCUCCAGCCGACCACUGCGUAAUCCAGGGGUGGGGGGCUUGCUGUGCCAGGGGACCAGCUGGCAGAACGCAGCUGUGGACUUACGCACUUGCGGCCCAUGCCCCCAGGUCUCCCUGCGUCACCCCAGCCCAGCCUCCCUGCACAGAGGGUAAUGCAGCACUCGCUGUUUAUCACAACUGUGGCAGUGGAAAGGAGACGGAUUCGGGCUGCUUGCUAGAGUUAAGGAUCAGGAAGGGGGCGGGCGUCUUUUACCGGGAAAACGUCUUACGAUUAAAGAGCUUA